GAGAUGCGCAAACUUUUAGAGUUGGUCGCUAUCAGACGGGAAGUUGCGCGUAGUGAAAUCGGCAGGUGUGACUACCUCAUUGGACACCUUGCGAAUAUUUAGCACCUUACCCCGCCUCCACCCCUUCCCUUCCUCCUUCUCUUCACCCUUCACUUCAUUCUCAAACUUCCUUCUCAUCGACCCAUCGUCAACCAUGGAGACACCCUUCAGCCUCGCGCCUCGAGGCUGCGCCGCCUGCCCGUCGAACAGCGGCUUGCUCCGCUGCGGCGGGUGCCUGGUCGUCCACUACUGCAGCAAGGAGCACCAGAUUGAGCAUCGGCAGAAGCACAAGACCUCCUGUGUGGCCAUCAAGAAGACUCGCGAGGCCCUGCAGCGCGAGGAGGCCAAGCUCCGCGCCAACCCCGGCGACAUGUUCACGCCGGCAGACGUUUUCAAUACCGGCGUCGGCAUGUUCUGGGGAAUACUCGACACCCGAGACUAUAUGCGCGCCCGCUUUGCCGCCGCCGACGCUCUGCUGAAGAUCAACAACGUCGACGCGGUCCAGGCCUCGCUUGACCACCUUACCGACAUGCUGCGUCUCUGCCGCAGCGACAAUCUUGGCGUGCGAGAUACAGUCCCCUUCCUGAUGCUUCGCCUGGGCCAGGAGCAAGAGUGCUACGACUUCAUCAAGUGGUGGGCCGCCACCGCCCAGCAGGGGCACUACGACUGGGCAGAUACGAGCGCGCCGCACCUCGACAUCCGCAACGCGAACCCCUUUGAAGACGUCGACAUCAUCCCUGUAGGAGGUGACCUCGCACACCUCGUCGCCCUUACCCUUCUAAAGAUCCGCCUCUUCCUCGACCUCUCUGCAUUCGAGGAUGACGAGCUCAUGCAUGAGAAUCGCAUCCCAGACCCCUCCGAGUUCCUUCGCCCUGUCGGAAAGCUUGUCAAGGCCAAGGUCAAGAACAUGGAGGCUCAUCAGAUCCCACCCAUGAGUGAGGAACUCGCGCGUCAGUACCGCAAGCUUUGCAAUGUGGUCCACGACAAGAACCCGAAUUUUUGGGACCUUCUACAUGAGGAUGGUGAGCCUUCUCCGCCGGCUAUGUUUAGCCCCGGAUCUCCCGAGGAGGCGGAGCUGGUAUUCUUCCAUUCCAAACGCGCAUGGAAUGAGUCGGAGGACGCCGACGUCAUGGUCGAGGCCGAAACCUCCAAGUUCACCACUGUCUAUCGCAGCCCCCCUGGCACUACUGGUUCCGUCCAAGUCAACGCCAGCGGAAGCGCCGGGGGGGCACGCCGGAUACUCCUGCUCUGCCUUGAGAACGAGGGGCUAUUCGACAGCGUUCAUGGAGGUCUGGUCACUCGUCUCAAUUCCAAGACCUCGGUGCAGCGCGCGUCUUCAACCCAGGGCGCCCUGGCCAAGCUCGGCGAAACCCCGCCCCCGCCCAUAAUCUUCAUCGCCGACGGGGCUAUCUCUCGCGAGACAAAGCUCUGGCAGCGCGUCAUCGACCGACUCCGCGGGGGAGCCACAGUCAUCCUUGGCGGACUGUUCAGUAGCAUGACCAGACCCUCCGACGUCGAACGCAUGUUCUCAAUGGUUGGACUGCCAUGGAAAGUCGGCACCUAUACCCGGGAGACGACCAAGCUGCGAAAGGGCGUCUUGGACAGAACCGCCACGGCCGGGCUCCCUGUUGAGUACAGCCAGAAGGCCGUCUUUCUCCAAAACGUCGACAAGGCUGCGCGGCUGUACGUCCGCGAGGACAAGGAGACCGACGUCGCCGUCGCGUUCGCCAAGGUCGAGAAUGGAAGGCUGGCCUUUAUCGGUGACGUGAACAGAGAGGAGGGGUCAGCGAAGGUUAUUAUGGCGAUGUGUGGCCCUUGAACUGCCAGCUAGUCUGUUAUAUCACGCCUUUCGUAUUUCCCUUUCUUUUCUGUCGACAUUGCAUUGUCCCCCGCCGGGUUUUAAUAACAAAGAGAUAGGAGACGAGGGGUUCCGGUCAAUUUGGUCAGCAGGCGACUUGGUAGAGUCGUUCCAGGGAGCCUUUCAAUUACGCGAACGGUGCAGAACACCUGUGCUUGAAGAAGCAGCUCCCUCAGACCGAGGUCAAAAUGCGACUCUACAUAGUGAGGAAUACAUGAUAUCGGACAAAAGAAAACUCUUCGCUUGCGCUAUUUAAGCAUAGUGGUCGAGUGACAGAAUAUCUACAAUCUAAAAGCAAGCAAAGAAAUAAAAAUGCAAAUCACAGACAGCAACGAAAUGCUCCUCUUCGCGCUCGAAGAAGCCCACCCACGUCUUGUCCCAAGAUCUUAUGCACCGUGAU